AUGGGGAUUUACCGCCAGGCAGCAGUAGAGAGCGCCAGUACGGCGCGCGCACUCAGCCGUGUUGAGGUAUCCAGGCUGAACGAGCUGUCCUUUGUCUCACCAGCAGAGACACUGGACGAGAUUUUACAUCCCUCGUUCACGACCACUGCGAUGGAGCCACGGAGAGAAAACGGAGCUCUACUACAGUAAAGAUUAGUAGCCCUCGCCGCUGAAACACCUCGUGAUGAUCCGGUGAAGAGGGUCUAACUGCGACAUGGGGGGCAGGUGAAUUUUUUGGUCGCUUGAAGGAGACAGCAGGGUGAUGGAGGGAGGGAGGGAGGGACAGACGGAGGGACAGAGACGCAAAGCACCAAACAAUGAAACACUGGAUGUCUGAUGCAGGCUGCGCGUGAAAGGACUGUAGCCCGAGCAGGACGAUGCAACAUUUUUUGCAGCCAGACCCGUUUAUCAGUCGUAAUGGCGAGGGGACGUGAGUGAAAAGGAGCGCAGGCUGUGCGUGUGGAAUCUCUGGGUCUCUUCAUGGCAGGCGGCAUGAUGGUGUGUUUGCGAUUCCACAGGAGUAAGUCGGUGUGGGCCGCCGUGUGUGUGCUCGUGCUCUGCUGGCUCUACAUCUUUCCUGUGUACAGGAUGCCAAGCGAUAAAGACAUCGUGGAGGAAGUGCUGCGCCAGGGCCAGACGUGGACCAAGAACCAGACUGGCAUUGACCUAUACAGGAAGCUGCUAUCUGAAUGCUGUGACCCAAAGAGGACGUUUGCAUUGACCAAGGAGAAUUCACAGAUUGGCAAAGUCCUGUGGUAUGACGGCGAGCUCUACCACUACCAUACAGUCAACAACGACACCUACCCAUUAUUCGUACAGGAUAUUCCCUUUCAGCUGCCACUGAAGAAGUGUGUGGUGGUGGGUAACGGAGGAGUUCUGAAGAACAGCGGUUGUGGCAAAGAAAUUGACCAGGCCGACUUUGUGAUGAGAUGUAACCUGCCCCCACUGUCCAAACAAUAUACUGAUGAUGUAGGCAGGAAGACCCAGCUGGUGACAGCUAAUCCCAGUAUUAUAGAGAAGAGCUUUCAGAGCCUGCUGUGGUCUCGCAAGGCUUUUGUGGAAAGCAUGAAAGCCUAUGGCUCCAGCUACAUCUACAUGCCUGCCUUCUCCAUGAAGCCUGGCACAGACUUGUCCCUGCGUGCCUACCAUGCACUGGCUGAUUCAGCGUCCAACCAGACAGUGCUGUUCGCCAAUCCAGACUUCCUAAAGAAUGUGGGACGCUUCUGGAAGCACCGUGGCGUACAUGGAAGACGUCUUUCCACAGGCCUCUUUCUGGUGAGCCUGGCGCUGGGAGUGUGUGAUGAAGUGACAGCGUUCGGCUUCUGGCCGUUUGCACUUGGCCUCGACCAGCAGCCUGUCAGUCACCACUAUUACGACAACGUGCUGCCUUCGUCUAGGUUCCAUGCAAUGCCGGAGGAGUUCCUGCAGCUCUGGCAUCUCCACAAGAGCGGUACCCUGAGAUUGCGCCUGGGCCCUUGCGCUCACUAAAAUACCACAUGUAGGAUGAGGUAUUUUCUGUUUAAAAAAAAUCUGCCACCCUCACCUACUCUUCAAUUAGCAUGAGAAGAAAAGAGUGGCUGCAGCCCCUCCUCUAUCCCAAAACCCACCAAACUGAUUCCACCCCUUGUGUCUGCUUGAUCCCUGUGGAUAGACACUCAAUACCCCCACCUAACACACAAAGGUAUUCACACACACAGACAGACACCCACACACUUUCUUUUUGGUUGCCAGGGGACUGUCUCAGUCUUGCCAAGAGUGGUGUGAGUGUGUAGAGUGGGGUAGAAGCGUGGGCUGGUAUAAAGCUGUAGCUGCAUUUACAGCAGCUGUUCUCCUAGAUCUUUUUUUUUUUCGUUCUGGAACCUGAACUAGAGUAUGAAGAGGCAUGCAUGGAACAGGUCAUUAAAGACAGCAGGAUUUUUGCCAAGACAACGUAUAGCCAUGACCAUAGUGGGUGGGGUUUGAUGAAGGCGAAAAAUGGAAAUAAGAAAAAGAGAAACAAACACUUUAAUUUUUUUUCUGCUUUUUAGUUGCAACAUUCUGUGGAUAAAUAGUUUUUGGUGAAGAACCAAGGGAAAGUAUUCUUCUAUUAAUUUUUUUUUUUGCUGAUAUACACAACGUUGAAGCUGAGGUCCUUACUUCCUCAAAACAGGAAAUGUGAACAUUUGGAUGUGAAAUGAAUGUAUUGUCAAUGCACUGCUGUACAGCCACAAUUUGAAUAACAGUUCAUUUCUAAUUCCAAGCUAUCUUUAUAUUCAGGUGUUUGUGCAAUGCUUUGUUUUGAACAGAGUCUCCUGAUCAUGUUGGUGUAUGUUUCAGUCAUCAGAUGGAAUUGUUACAAAAGCAGUAAAACAUGCUUUGUCAUCUUCAGUUCACCAUCAGAAACCAAAAUUAAAAUGUCAGGCCUCAACUACUCAGUUUUGCAUCAUGAUCGCAUUAGUAGAAGCCCUUUUUGUGAUUAUUACAGAAGGAUUUUGCCAGUGGAGGUGAUGUGACUGUCUUUACAUCUUCUGUGAACUGCAGUCUUUAGUAUCAUUCGUGAAAUACAGUCUUGCUUUGAUAGUAUGAGUGAUUUUCUAUGAUUAAAAACCUGCCGUUGGUUCUAGCAUCUAAACUGUCGUUGGUACUACUGGGGCAUUAACGCUGCCUGCAACUGCUCGGGUGCUGGACACCUGGUCCUGGACUGCAGUCUGUAUAUAAAUGUAAUGAUUUCUCUGAAUGUAAAGGAAGUUUUGGGCUAUAUAUCCAAUCAGGUUACCGGUUCUUAGCUAAAUUCUACCUGUAAAACCUGCAUUUUAUCUGGCUUUGUCCUCUCAUAAGCAAACUACAUUUACUUUGUAGGUCUUGUAGGUGCUAGUUUUGAUAUAUCACCUAUUCAUAGCCUCUGAAAACCUGUAUAGUGUUUUUUUUAAAUAUAAUUAUUUUUGAAAGGACUGAAAAGAAUGUGGUUAAAGUAAAAAAAGGCAUCAGCACUGUUUAUCAUGCAUCAUUAUUACUAAUCAUUAUCAUGAUCACAAGGGUUACCUACUCAAAGAAUGAAAUGCAUACACACUCAUAGAUGCUUGGGGUUUGCUCAAGGCCAGGCAUGUAUCCGUCCUCACUGUCUCUAUUCCAUCUGUUCACAUUCCUUGAGAGGUCGAGUGCCUUUUUAAUGUGAAAGGGGAAAAAAGGAAAAAAAGAGACACCAGCAGCAGUAGAUAAGGACUAAGUAUUACUCUUGCCUUCAUAUUUUUUUUGUUCCUCACUGGCAAUUCUGAUUGCCAUGUAAUUGAAAACAUAUUGAUAAUCUGUUACUGGCUGGAUCUUGGAUUAAAUCCAGCAGGAUCUUAACAUAAAACCGUGGGUGUUUCAAGGAGUCUUAUUGGAAGCUGGUUACAAAUGGACCAAGUUGAGCGUCCACCUUAUCACUCAGUUGCCAUUUGAAGGCAUGUCCUGUAUAAUUAUAACUGGGAGAACUUUAGAUAGACAGUGGGCAUUUGAAUUUAUGUUAUUUGCACCUUUGUCCUGUUCAGUAUUGUGAAUGACUGAGACUAUUGCUUGUAUAGCAGCCUGCAUGACUGUGGUUUGUGUAUUGAUUAGGAAUCUGAAUUUGAGUUAAGGAUGUUUUUCUUAAUGAUUAUCGUUUUAUUAACAUUUCUGCCCCUUUCUGAGCCAUGUUAAGCUGUGUACCCAAAGUGUAACAGCGCUUACCUCAGCCAUUUGUUCUCACUGGCAAUUCUCAACGAUAAUCUUAUGAAACAGUUAUGGAAUACAUAUCGAUUCAGGCCAGAAUUUCUUUCAUAAACAAGGCUUCUUUUACUGUUACAGUUGUUGAGUAGGUUAUAAUUUGCCUUUUCUGGCUUGAAAAGAAAACCCAUUUGUGUAAUUUAUGUAAUGUCUAAGAUUUUAAAUAGAAGAAAUUAAAAACCUGAAACUGAAAAACAGACUCUUAACCAGUCAGUGAGAGCUUCUAUGUUUGAGCAUGUUAUACUGAAAAAAAUGGGAAGAGGAAGAACAGCUUGCACUGAACAAAAUUUUCGUGACAGCUGGGUUAUGCCAAGUGGAAAAAAAUCAACCAAGUAAUCUAUGUUUAAAAUUGUGGGAAAGAUUGUGAAAGGAUGUAAUAAAGUAACCCAGUUUCAUCUGUC